GAGAGCGGCCGAUCCGCGGGAGGAGGCGAGGGACAUUCACUCAUUGUUAUCAACUCGCACAGCAGCGGAGACCUCCAUACUACACGUGGAUUUCUCUUAAAACAUUCAGGGGCUGGCCAUUGUCUCUGUCAGACGCUCAUCAUUGAUCUGAGCUCUGUGUCAGCGCAGGGUGGAGUAUCUGCAGCCUCUCCCGUGUGAUGGAGUUUUUCUGACAAAGCCAUGGAUGCUGCCAGUUUAAACCAUGGCCACACUAAACCUCACAUUUCAACACAGACUGCUUCUGUGUGAAGUGAAGAGACUACUGGACACUCCUUAAUAUUUCCUCUCAGUAACAAACCAAGAUCUUUAGCUGUACAGGCCAGUCAUCAUGGGUCUCCUUUGGGUGCUGUCCAUCUCCAUGCUGGCAGCCUGUGUGGCCAUUCCAAUGGACGCUGCUGCUGGAAGCCACAGCCUCUUCACCUGUGAACCAAUCACCCUCCGCAUGUGCCAGGGUCUGCCUUACAACGCUACCUUCAUGCCCAAUAUCCUCAACCACUACGACCAGCAUACGGCCGCGCUCGCCAUGGAGCCUUUCCACCCCAUGGUGAACCUGCAGUGCUCCCCUGACCUGCGCAUGCUGCUGUGUGCUCUGUACGCUCCGGUGUGCACUGAGUACGGCCGCAUGACGUUGCCGUGCCGACGCCUCUGUCUGCAGGCCAAGAGCGACUGUUACAAGCUCAUGGACAUGUUCGGAGUCAGCUGGCCCGAGGAGAUGGACUGUAACAGGUUCCCUGACUGUGACGACCCAUACCCCCGUCCCGUCGACCUCCUCUCCAUCUCGGACACCACAGAGUCUCCCGUCUCCGUUCAGAGAGACUAUGGCUUCUGGUGCCCUCGGGAACUGAAGAUCGACCCUGAUCUCGGCUACUCUUUCAUGGGUGUUAAGGACUGCUCCCCUCCCUGUCCCAACAUGUACUUUACCCGACAGGAGCUGACAUUCGCCCGUUACUUCAUCGGCGUGGUGUCCAUCGUGUGCCUGUCAGCCACACUCUUCACGUUCCUCACCUUCCUCAUCGACGUGUCCAGGUUCCGUUACCCAGAGCGACCGAUUAUCUUCUACGCCGUGUGCUACAUGAUGGUGUCGCUGGUCUUCUUCCUGGGCUUUCUGCUGGAGGACAGAGUGGCCUGUAACGCAGCUGUCCCGGGACGCUUCAGGGCUGCUACUGUCACUCAGGGGUCACAUAAUAAGGCGUGCACUCUCCUCUUCAUGGUGCUGUACUUCUUCACGGUGGCGGGUAGCGUGUGGUGGGUCAUUCUCACCAUCACCUGGUUCCUGGCGGCUGUUCCCAAAUGGGGCAGUGAGGCCAUAGAGAAGAAGGCUCUGCUGUUCCAUGCUUGUGCCUGGGGUCUUCCCGGGGUGCUCACGGUCGCCUUGCUUGCCAUGAACAAAAUCGAGGGCGACAGCGUUAGCGGCGUCUGUUUUGUCGGGCUCUACAACCUCACCACUCUGCGCUGGUUCCUGCUUGUACCGCUCGGACUGGAUGUCGUGGUGGGCGUGGCGUUGCUCCUGGCAGGUAUCGCGGCUCUGAACCGGGUGCGUAUGGAGAUCCCUCUGGAGAAGGAGAACCAGGAGAAGCUGGUGAAGUUCAUGAUCCGGAUCGGGGUGUUCUCGGUGCUGUACCUGGUGCCUCUGCUCACCGUCCUGGCCUGUUACUUCUAUGAGAACAGCUACAGGGGUGUCUGGGAAACCACCUGGGUGCAGGAGAAGUGCAAGGACUACCACAUCCCUUGUCCAUACCAGGUGGAGCAGACAAGUCGCCCUGAUCUGGCCCUGUUCCUCAUUAAAUACCUGAUGAUGCUGAUCGUGGGAAUCCCCUCCGUGUUCUGGGUCGGCAGCAAAAAGACCUGCUUUGAGUGGGCCAGCUUCUUCCACGGCAAGAAACGCAAAGAUGCCAUGGUGAAUGAAAGCCGCCAGGUGCUGCAGGAGCCCGACUUCACGGCCCUCCUGCUCCGGGACCCCAACACCCCCAUCGUCAGGAAGUCCAGAGGCACCUCCACCCAGGGUACCUCCACCCACGCCUCCUCCACUCACCUGGCCAUGGACGAGCCCCAUAGCAACAGCACGAGCCGUGCCGGAUCUGUGCGCAGCGGCCGCUCCAAACUGAGCAGUUACCAUGGCAGUCUGCACCGCUCCCGGGACGGCAGGUACACAGCAAGCAGUUUUCGAGCGACAGACGAGCGGCAGCCUUAUGGGAGUCUGCCCCGCCUCCACGACUCUCAGUCCAGACACUUUAGUACUAACAGACUGGACAGCUCGCACCGAUUGGACAACCUGUCACGUCACGGCUCCACCCACAGACUGGAGAGCCAAUCACGGCACAGCAGCAUCCGUGACCUGACCAAUCACACACAGAUGCUCAGUGUCCCGGGAAACGGAAUUCACAGGGUCAUGGAGGAGGACGGGACCACAGCUUGAGAACCUCCAUAGACUAAAUUAAAAAAAAUUCACAUGGACUACUGUAAUGGGGUGCUCUAAGGGCUCACAGAUAUGCCUUAAAAUGCUCCAAAAUGUAAGAAGAUGGGAUAAGAUGGGACAGAUUUGAACUAAACUGCACUGGACUGGACUCAAGUGAGAUAUACUAAAGUUCUUAGUUUUUCAAAACAUGAAUUUUAAUCUGUCCUUGAAAAUAUUAGCCUACAUCCAACCUUAUCAUAUCUUACAAUGGAACAAAAUGCAAUGGCCCUAACUAACCCAAGUAGCCUCAAAACAAGAAGGUUCCUGGUUCAAAACUUGGAUUUGAAUGGGGCAUGCAUGCUCUCCUAGUUGAAUACAUUUUCUGUAGGUGCUCUGGUGUUCCCUAUCAACUUAAAAUAAGUAAUAGAUGACCAAUACCCUGGUGAGGUACUCCUAAAUCUGGAGAAGGAUGGUUCACUGUGGUUAUGUUGACAGGUUGCCCCCUAGUGGGUGUGAUUGAUGGAGAAAAUGGACCAGGAGAACUGCAUUAUUUUAUAUCAAGGUCUAAAAGAGGCCAAAGACUGUAUUUAAUAUUAUUGUCUGUAAUUGCUACUGAUGCCUCUAUGUUCCGACGCAUGAAGAGCAAAUUUUGCCUUUUAACUGGAAAAUCUUUUUAUAAAUCCUUGAGUUUAUCAAAUUUUAAAAAGGGACUAAAGAGUUUUACAGAUUUGAAGCCAUUGUUCGGGCUGCUACAGGGAAAAGCUACGUCCAAACUCCUGCCUUACACUGGAACACACUGUAGUUUAGAGACAAAGUAGUCGUAGCUAGUCCUGUUUGAAAUGUGACCAUGUAAAGCUAUUGUAAAUGAUAGAUUACCUGUGCAUAGAUGUAAAAAUGUGAAAUUUUUGUAAUAAAACUUUUUUU